AGACGCCUUGGGGACAGGCUGGAGCAGAGGCUUAAGGAGCUGUACUGGGGGUAGAGUGUGGGCAAGCAGGCCAAGGCCUAGCUGGGGCUGCGGGGGAGAACUAUGGAGCAGUCCCAGCCCCAGCGGCAUGGGGGUGAACAGAGUUGGUGGGGCAGUGCCCCCCAGUACCAGUACAUGUCCUUUGAACACUCUACCAGCUAUGGACUGCCCUCGGAGAAUGGGGGCCUUCAGCACCGGCCCCGAAAGGACGCAGGUCCCUGGCAGAAUGCCCACCCCACACAGAUAUAUGGCUAUCACAAAGAGCAAUAUUCAAACAAGGAGCGGGACAGGGGGAUGCCCAGGAAGAUGGGCUCCAGUUCUACCAUGGACAGCGUGGAUGAGGACCAUUAUUCUAAAUGUCAAGACUGUGUCCACCGCCUGGGACGUGUGAUCAGAAGGAAGUUGGGGGAAGACUGGAUCUUUCUCAUCCUCCUGGGCCUGCUGAUGGCUCUUGUCAGCUGGUGCAUGGACUAUGUCAGUGCCAAGAGCCUUCAGGCCUACAAGUGGACCUACGCCCAGAUGAAGCCCAACCUUCCUCUGCAGUACCUGGCCUGGGUCACCUUCCCACUCAUCCUCAUCCUCUUCAGUGCCCUCUUUUGCCAACUCAUCUCUCCCCAGGCUGUUGGCUCUGGAAUCCCUGAAAUGAAGACAAUUCUUCGAGGUGUUGUCCUGAAGGAGUAUCUCACAAUCAAGGCCUUUGUGGCCAAGGUGGUGGCCUUAACUGCUGGGCUGGGCAGUGGCAUCCCUGUGGGGAAAGAGGGUCCUUUUGUCCACAUUGCCAGCAUCUGUGCUGCCGUCCUCAGCAAGUUUAUGUCCAUGUUCUGUGGAGUCUAUGAGCAGCCAUACUAUUACACUGAUGUCCUGACAGUGGGCUGUGCUGUGGGAGUUGGCUGCUGUUUUGGAACACCACUUGGAGGAGUGCUGUUUAGCAUCGAGGUCACCUCAACUUACUUUGCUGUUCGAAACUACUGGCGAGGGUUCUUUGCUGCCACGUUCAGUGCCUUUGUGUUCCGGGUCCUGGCAGUGUGGAACAAGGAUGCAGUCACCAUCACUGCUCUGUUCAGAACUAAUUUCCGAAUGGAUUUCCCCUUUGACCUGAAGGAACUCCCAGCCUUUGCUGUCAUUGGGAUUUUCUGCGGGUUGCUGGGAGCUGUUUUUGUGUAUCUGCAUCGCCAAGUCAUGCUCGGUGUCCGAAAGCACAAGGCCCUCAGCCAGAUUCUUGCUAAGCAGCCCCUGCUGUAUCCUGGAAUUGUUACCUUUGUCAUCGCCUCACUCACCUUUCCUCCAGGAAUGGGUCAAUUCAUGGCUGGAGAGCUGAUGCCCCGUGAAGCCAUCAGCACCCUGUUUGACAACAAUACAUGGGUAAAGCACGUGGGUGAUCCCCAAAGCCUGGGCCAGUCAGCUGUGUGGAUUCACCCCCAGGUCAAUGUGGUCAUCAUCAUCCUUCUCUUCUUCGUCAUGAAGUUUUGGAUGUCCAUUGUGGCCACCACUAUGCCCAUACCCUGUGGAGGCUUCAUGCCUGUUUUUGUGCUAGGAGCUGCGUUUGGAAGGCUGGUAGGCGAGAUCAUGGCCAUGCUAUUCCCUGAUGGUAUCUUAUUUGAUGACAUCAUCUACAAGAUCUUACCUGGGGGCUACGCAGUAAUCGGAGCAGCAGCACUGACAGGCGCUGUCUCCCACACAGUCUCCACAGCUGUGAUUUGCUUCGAAUUAACGGGUCAGAUUGCUCACAUCCUGCCCAUGAUGGUGGCUGUUAUCUUGGCCAACAUGGUGGCUCAGAGUCUGCAGCCCUCCCUCUAUGACAGCAUCAUCCAGGUCAAGAAGCUUCCCUAUUUGCCAGACCUUGCUUGGAACCAGCUCAGCAAAUUUACCAUCUUUGUUGAGGACAUCAUGGUACGUGAUGUGAAGUUUGUUUCAGCUUCUUGUACCUAUAGGGACCUACAAAACCUGCUCCAGACCACCACAGUCAAGAUGUUGCCAUUGGUUGAUUCCAAAGAUUCAAUGAUCCUGCUGGGCUCUGUGGAGCGCUCAGAGCUGCAGUCCCUCCUACAGCACCACCUGUGUCCAGAGCGGAGGCUGCGGGCUGCCCAGGACAUGGAACGCAAGCUGUCUGAGCUGCCCUAUGAUGGCAAGGCACAGCUGGCUGGAGGGUGGCUUCCUGGCGGUACACCACAGGGCCGGCCUGAGUCAUUUGCCUUUGUGGAUGAGGAUGAAGACGAGGACCUCUCUGGGAAGACUGAGUUUCCUCCUCUCCCUCCACUUCCCCCUUUUUCUGUACCACUGUCUCCCGAAGAGCCUAAUGGGCCACUGCCCAGCCACAAACAGCCACCUGAAGCCCCAGAACCUGCAGGUCAAAGAUCCUCCAUCUUCCAGAGCCUGCUACGCUGCUUGCUGGGCAGAGCUCGCCCCCCAAAGAAGAAAAUAACCCAGGAUUCAACGGACUUAGUGGACAACAUGUCACCUGAAGAGAUUGAGGCUUGGGAGCAGGAGCAGCUGAACCAGCCUGUCUGCUUUGAUUGCUGUUGUAUCGACCAGUCUCCCUUUCAGCUGGUGGAGCAGACAACCCUGCACAAGACUCAUACCCUCUUCUCGCUUCUCGGCCUCCAUCUUGCCUAUGUGACCAGCAUGGGGAAGCUCAGAGGUGUCCUGGCACUAGAAGAGCUACAGAAAGCUAUUGAAGGCCACACAAAAUCUGGGCUGCAGCUCCGCCCUCCCCUUGCCAGCUUUCGGAACACAACUUCAACUCAGAAGAGUCCUGGGGGGCCAUCCCCUCCUGCAGAAGGCUGGAGCCUGCCUGAGGGUGGAGUUGGGGCUCUCGGAGCAGUGGACAUGCUUCCCACACCAGAAACCCCUGUACCACCACCAUCCCCAGAGGCCUCUGACCUCCAGGCCCCAGCCAGAGUGGAGGGUGAGCUGGAGGAGCUGGAGAUGGUGGGGAGCUCAGAGCAAGAGGAGGAGCUAGCUGACAUCCUUCAGGGCCCCAGCCUACGGUCCACCGAUGAGGAGGACGAGGACGAGCUUAUCCUAUGACUUCCCCAUACGUUCUUCAUAAAAGCCAUGGGGCCCAUGCCAGAGGCUAGACUCCUUUGUGAUAGGAUAUCCUGAAGUUGGGGAGGACACACCUCCAUCUUUCCCCUACCCCCACUGUCAAAAGUGAUGGAGAUAAUCUUAAGAACUUAGCACUGGGCAGGAAAGAAGUUGUGUCAGUUAGACCACCUCCCCCAUUCCUAGGCAGGGUUUAAGACCCCAUGAAAAGUCCCUGUGUUUUCCUGCUGUACAGGUACCUCCCUUUGUCCCCCCCACAAUUCCCAGUGUUGUCCAACCACCAACCUGGCCUUACCUAUCUUGCAGUUUCCAUAGAGGGUAGGUGAGCAGAGGCCUGCAAUUACAGGCCCUGUAAGUGCCGCAUUGGAAGGGAAUGUGGGACCACAUCAUUGCCCUGUGGAUUGAUACCCCACAGUGUGCUUCCAAACCAUCUGCAGCUGCUUUUCCAGGAGGCUGCCAGCCCUCCUGAUUGCCCAUGUCUGCUCCCUAUAAUCUGUUCCCAGACCCCAUCCUUGCUGUCACUGUGUCCAGGCCAGGGCCACCGCCAGGGCAGGAAAGGCCAACCCCACCCUCCCUCUGCUGCCUUCUACUUCAAGCAGUGCAAUGUGGAUAAAAAGAAUCAGGAACAGUUCUCUGGAAAAGAGGGCACCAAAGGCUCCAUAUGGAAGGUACAGGGUCUUAACGGUAUUGUCUGACCCCCUGCAGCAGGAAGCUGUCCUGUUUCACCUAACAGGCUGGCUGCCCUGGUUCCAGGUUACCCCUAGAGCAUGCAUUUUUCCCUCUGCUCGCUGCAGUGGCUAACUUGUCCUGCCAGUGGUUGGCUCUGCCUUGGAGCCACUCCUGCUGGGGCUCCUCCUGAGGUACACUAAGGCUCUGAUCCAAUGUAGUGGGUCACUCAGACUCCAGCCCCUUGCCUUAGUUCCACAGGUCUUCUGGAGUAGACUCCAGGGCACGCUCAGGGUGGCAAGCUUUAGUACUUCCCACCCUUAGCACAGUUACAUCUUUGUCCUUCCAAACCAACAGCAAGGAGUUUGUAGUUGUGCCGCACGGCAUUGGCCUGCUUUGCCUAGAAAGAGAUGCCAGGUGUCCUGAGCACCCAGACACACUGGCUCUAUAUGCAGCUCUUCUCCCUCUCUCCCUCCCUUCCUGUAUGCCUGACUUAGUUUUACAGUUGAGCUCUCGGGCAUUCUCCAUCUCCCCAAAUAAGACACUCAUAGUCAGAGGAUACCACCACAUUGUGUUUAGUGUCAUUGAACAGAGCCUCUGACCCUCUCCAACAUGGGCCCCUUCCACCUCCCCAGGCCAGGCCGAGAGAGACAUUGAGGCCUAGGUAGGGAGAUUAGCAGGGGGCAUCCAGGGCCAUACCCAUAUGUAAAUAAUCUAUAAUAUUUAUAUAUUUAUAUAGAAUUCUCUCUGUAGUAUAUGUCAUGGAAUCUCUCUUGGGCCUGGGGUAGGAAAUGUCACUAAGAAAACAUGCUAAGACUGGCCAUAAAGAUGAGUGUUUCUCCGACCUGGAGACAGAGCAGAGGGUGUAUAGGUGGGGCAAGGGGAAAAACUCAGCCCUAAAGAUUCCCUCCCUGACACAAGGAAAAGAAGGGAGGUAUAUGGGGAGGGAGAGGACAAUGGAAGGGAAGGAAUGGAAGGUUUGGAUUUUCAUUUAAUAAAGUCAGUUGAAAAUGAAAGUGCACCCCCCCUAAAAAAAUCAUUUAGCAAGAGCAGUUUCAUUCACAAUAUAAAAAGCAGCCCUGCUCCAGAGCUGCUGUAAUGCGUGCUGCACAGCCUUUAACCCCAAAGGAAAAGCAACCCUUCCCGCCCCCCAACAGCCUCUUCCUGCACAUGCCCCACCCCUCCCCUUAAAAUAGGCUAGAGAAGCAAACCCCCAUGCACCCUUCCCCAGCACCAGAGAGGUGGUCCCUCCCUCCAGACAAGUUCAAAGUGGUCCUGGGCCAGCUUCUUGGGUCUUCUCUCUUCAGAGCUGGGUGGGCCCCACCUGCCUCUGUGGCAAUAUGCCAGCAGCCUAGGGAAGCCAAACCCCUGCUCAGGUGAAAACCCUGCUAGAUUCCUGCUAAGCUUUCACUGGAGACCAUUUGGCUUCCUUGGAAAAGGAAGGAGAGCUGCUUUAGUUUAUCCUUCCUUACUCCCCAGGGCCCGAGCAAAAAGGAACCAUACUAAAGGAAGCCACUCACUGGACUGGAUGUCCGUCGUUACCUGGGGGAAGAAUACAGGAGUUGAGACAAACAGAGGGUGUGUUGAUAGAGCAGGAUGGACAGGGCAAAGACACAGACCCCUAGGAGGUUAGCUUGAGCAUGCAGUUUCCUGGAGGUCUGGGACAGGAGACUGGUGGCCAGGGGCAGCUGCUGGGGUUGGCAGGCUAGCCUUUCCCAGUAUGCCAAAUCACAACACAUUAGCAAACACAAAGUAUCUUCUCCAUUCAGGCAUUUGUUGAGAUUAAGUGACCUGUUCACCUGCCUUGCCUGGCCAGGUUUACUCCCACGUUUCCUCCAUUAACCAAUCUCAAGAUCCCAUGCUUCCCCUUCCCCUGGAGGAUGUGGGAUACCUACUCUGGUUACCCCUUCAGAACAAGUGUGUGAGAAUAUGAAUGUGGUACAUGAUGUGGAAACAUCCCAGCUCUCAGCCUCAUCAGUCCAAAGUCACAGACAUGGGGCCUGAGGGUGAGGGAGUCAGCUGGGACCCUGACAGUAUAGAACACAAGGCCUUGGAACUGGAGCCUUACACAGAUGGGAGGAAAGAGGAAAACAGGGCAACAAACCUCGGGCAUCUGCUACCAAAACCCGACCUAUGCCAGGGGCCAGGCAGAGGCUGCUGCUGUUGCAGCAGCCUGACAGCACUUGCUGCUGCCCCUGGUCCCCAUGGUGCACUCCAAAUCAGAGUGGAAAGUAGGUGUGGGCAGGCAAGCUUGUGUCUCACUGCAACCUGUCCUGCAAGGAACAACAGAAGGAGGACCCCUGGGAAGAGGUACCCACCCUAGCCCUCAGCUACCAGCCCAGCCCGGCCAAGGCAGCAACAGCACCAGACUCCUCACUCCACCCUGCUCAACCCUGAGUCCCCAAGAAGUUAUAAAAAUGUAGAAAAGGCAAAGAGAAAAGUGUAAACAGCUCCAGAGAAUUAAGGGAGGGCAGAGGGAGGCCCAGCCCUCAUUCCCCCCACUGAUGGGGACACUGCAUCCCAUGUGGACAGUCUGAGACUGGUGUCCCCCACCUUCCACAGGGCUGGGCUCCAGAUGGAGAAGGCAGAAAGGGAAGCCAAGACUGGAGAAGCUAAGCCCCAUUUGGUCUUUUCCCAGAUCCUUGGGGGUCUUCCUUACAGCCACAGGACAUUCAAGUGGCUGUGUUUAUUCUUUGUCUCAUCAGUGACCCUCUUGUCUCUGGGUAGACCUUGGGGUAAAGAAACAUGCUGUGACCCCUGUAAAUCCCAGCUGCCAUAGCUACCUCCUCCUUGGCUUCUGAUCCCAGAAGCCAAAUUACCCACAGAGGGCAGACUGUCUACCCUGGAUGCAGAAAGGCCCUUCAGACCACUCCUCUGUGCCCACUAAGCCAUGUCCACCAGCCCCUAAGGUCUGUUCCUCACAGUGGGGAUGCACUGGGGCCAUAGCCAGAGAAAACAGAGUCGGGAAAGCAAGAGUGAAAUGGAGAAAGGAGGCAUUCAGACAGUACAGCCAAGGCUCCUGGAAGACGAAAUAGGGGUGUAA